AGUAAAUAGGAAGAGUGGUGUCAGUGUGUGUGUGUGCGGGGCCACAGGGUGGGUGUGUGCAUUGCUCUCUCCCGCCUCUACAGUAUUAUUGAGGCUUUCCUCGCCUACUGCAGGUUACUGAUGGCAGGACUCCAAGGUGAUGAGGAAGGACCAGAGUACCUGGUGAACCAGAGCAGUCACACCUGCCUGACGGUGGUCAAGGGCACGACGCCUGCUGACGCGGUGCUGGCCAUGGCCAAGUGCAUGGGCAGCGUGAAGCAGCAGUGGUACGUCCAUAAGGGACAGUGGCAGUGGGGCGGCGACCGCUCCUACUGUCUGGUACCCGAUGGGAAGGGCAGCGUGGGUCUGGCGCCCUCCGCCACCUCCCGUGUGGUGUGGACGCUAGACGAAGCUGAUAGGAUGGUUGUGGGCUCGCUGGCGCUCGAUGUACCGUGGGAGAAGCCCAGGACCCGCGUGUUGAUGUAUCAAAAGCACACAUAUACCAACCAGAAGUGGUGGACACUGUCAGGGCUCAAGACAUGCCUGGCAGGCGCCCCCUACCACAUUGACCAGUGCCUGCCAUGUGACAUCACACAGGUGUGCCAACGUGAGAUUGAGCAGUGGACGACAGACUGUCACUGUUCAGAGGCACCUGACUAUAUAAUCAGCCAGAGCACCCACACAUUCGUGACGGUGGUGAGUGGAGCAGGUCCUCAGGACGCCGUGGUUGGCCUGGCGCCGUAUGAGGGCAGCACCAGGCAACAAUGGUUCCUGAGAGACAACUGCUGGCUGUGGGGAUGUAACCGUUCCCUCUGCCUCGUGCCGGACUUGCGCUCCUCUUCCCUCAAGCUGGAACGCUGGAGUCCCAACUUGCCUACCUGGAACAUCAGUACAAAUGGGGUAAUGACCGUGGGGAACUACGCUAUGGAUGUACCCUGGGAGAAGCCUCGAACGCGUAUUAUUGUGUACCCAAAACAUGGUGGUAUAAAUCAGAUGUGGUGGACGCUCUCCGGACUUAAAGAUGCAUCGCGUCGCAGUGUAUAUCCAUUUUCUGCCCGAGACAAUAACACGUACAAGCAAGAAGUGGCCCGAGGUCUGAUCAACAAGUUGAGUCCUCUGUCGCAGCCAGUGCCUCACGCCAGGGACGUUGACCGCUUCCCAGGCCGUGUGGCACCUACCACCCCCAGGAUCACCGAGACCCUCACUCUAAACAUCACCGGACUACGACAACGUGAAAACCUCCGCAUGACUGUGCCUGAGGACUGGCAGGCCACUGACCUGUAUGUUGCAGCUGGUGAUGUGUUCCAGGUGAUAUUGCCGGACACACUCACACCCGCCAGGGCGUCACAGAUCUCAGUGCGUGUUGGAGCGCAGUGUGACUGUCUGGAGCCAACGUCAAAUAAUGUAUCAGGGAAGGGGUUCAAUCGUAUGCCAGUUGUGACGGAGGAGUUUGAUGUUCAACCCGGUGAGAACUGCAUACGCAGCCAGUUUGGUGGAAACUUGGUAUUUAUGUUUGAUGAUGGUGAUAAUUUUAAGAUUCAUGUCAUAGUAAGAAAUGUUGUCAAGGCUCCACAUUAUAUUAUGGGAAAAACUAACUUUGAAGAAUGGAAGACAUUAAGGCAGCUGGAUGCACCAUAUUCUAUCCUAGAAACAGAUGUAGUAGUGGUAGUGGUUCCCACACUUUCUGCCAGGAAAAUCACUAACCUUGACGAGCUACUGAGGCGGUACGACGAUGUGAUCCGUAAACUGGAGUUUGUGUCUGGCUUCGACGAGAGUGAUCCUCCUCCACGAGGGAAGCAGUGGUUGGUCGACGACGUCCAGAUAACUGCCGGAAGUGCCCACGCUGGCUUCCCAGCCAUGUUUGACAGGCAGUACUAUGACCUGUGCUGCUUGUCUACACCACAUGACUGGGUUACUUGGCACGAACUAGGUCACAAUUACCAGCAAGGAAAAUGGUGGUCAUAUGCUUAUGGAAGCGAGUCAACUGUCAACUUGUUUUCUUUAUAUAUUCAAGAGAAACUAAAAGGUGAGGACCGCCUGAAAAAGGAAAAUCAAUAUAUGAAGACGGCCGCAGCUGUGGACGGAGGGUUAACAUUUAAAAAAGCAGAUUGCUGGCAGAAGCUGGUGUUUCUCAUGGAAAUUAAACAUGCAUUUCCCCAUCAUGGAUGGGAGAUGUUCAGACAACUGAACAUCACCACCCGGGCUUUGUCUCGGGAGGAAGCCAACACACUGGCCUCCAGCACUCAACACCAGUAUGACUACGUCUACAAACAACUAAGUCACACUGUAGGAGCUGACUUGAUCCUUCACUACCAGCGGUGGGGCCUGACCAUCAGCCCGCAGGCGCAGGAGGAGGUCCAGAAGCUGCGGCUCCCGAAGGCCCCGGCUGAUCUCUCUGGAAGAGGACAAUAAUGUCUGUCUUAAAUAUUUAUUGUUACUUCUUUACACAUGAAUUAAAAAUGUUGAAAAAUUCUUUGGGUAUAAGGAAUUUCAUAUAUUUGUAAUUACAUUCUGAUAUUAGAAUUAGUUUUUGAAAUUUGGAUAAAGAGUUUCCCUUAAA